GUAGUUACAACGUAUGCAUCAAAAGCAAGAAAUAAGUAAAAAUUAUGUAAUUUACGUAUCUGACUUUGCCGCUAAAUAAAGAUUUCGGUUCAAAACAAGUUAAUACUUGAGAAAACUGAUGUAGAAGAAAAAUUAGAGAAAUAUCACCAUGACAGAGAAAAAAGUUACGAUUCUACAUUUUAACGAUGUGUACAAUAUUGAGCCGCAGAAAAUUGAACCAUCUGGUGGGGCAGCCAGGAUGACUCAUUAUGUGAAAUCAUUAAAGGAUGAAAAUCCUCUUGUAUUGUUCAGUGGGGAUGCUCUUAAUCCUUCUUUAAUGAGUAUAUUUUUGAAAGGUAACCAGAUGAUACCAAUGUUAAAUGCCAUACAGGUACAAUGUGCAGUGUAUGGUAACCAUGACUUUGAUUUUGGUGUUGACCAUUUAGAGGAUUUUGCGGAGCAGACAAAUUUUCCCUGGUUGAUGAGUAAUAUCACAGAUAGGUUAACAUUUAAACCAUUAGCUGAAGGCAAAGUGAAACAUAUGCUAGACUGGCACGGUGUUAAGAUAGGGUUAAUGGGUCUGGUAGAGGAGGAAUGGAUUGAUACUUUAUCUACUAUAGACCCUGAAGAUAUCAUUUUUGAAGAUUUUGUAGAAGUUGGAAACAAGUUAGCUGCUGAACUCAGGGAAGAGGGCGCAGACUUGGUGAUAGCAUUGACUCACAUGAGAUGGCCAAAUGACAGAAAGUUAGCCCAGUGUGUUGACGGUCUAGAUAUUGUACUAGGAGGACAUGAUCAUGACUUUAAUGUAGAAAAAGUAAAUGGAAAGUAUGUGAUAAAGAGUGGUACUGACUUCCGUAACUUAAGUAAGAUAGUAAUGACAAAAACUGAUGACAAAGUGGACGUUACAGUGGAUUGUGUAGAUCUAGAUUCUAGUAUCCCAGAAGAUGAAGAUCUGAAAAAAGAAGUCUUUAAAAUAACAGCUGAAAUAGACAAAAAGAUGGACGAGUAUCUAGGAAGCAUGGGUGUAUCAAUGGAUGGUAGAUUCGCUUCUAUAAGAACCAUGGAAACCAAUUUAGGAAAUUUUGUAACAGAUAUUAUAUUAGAAGCAGUGCCUGCAGAUAUAUGUCUCAUCAACUCGGGAACAUUUAGAUCUGAUAGAAUACAUCAAAAAGGCGAGUUCCGACUGCGGGAUCUUCUCACAAUAUUGCCAUUAAUGGACCCCCUUGUUGUCAUUGAAAUCUCAG